CUGUAUGGCACGCGAAAGGCGUUCAUCGCUSAACUGAAUAAUUCUUCUUCCGAGUCAUUUUUACCGCUUAUUUUUACUCUUUUUCUUCUACAUUAUACCUAGCAAAACAUUCACAGUCUUGCCACAGGGAUUUAUGGGGAUUUUCCUUUAGCCUUAUGUAUUUAAUGCUCUGAGUUCUCAGAUAGGACGGCUGUGAGCUAUGCCUGUUCACAAAGAAGAUGCUGACCAUGCCUUGGAGCUGCUAGAGAAAUAUCACGAAAAGUUAACCAAACCUCAGGACAGAGCUCUACGAGGUGCUAUCGAGCGAGUAAUCCGAAUAUUUCAAAGUCGUCUCUUCUUAGCCCUGCUAGAUAUUCAAGAAUUUUAUGAGGCAACGCUGUUAGAUGGCAGUAAAUCCCCACAGCAAAAGGCAUACGAGACGCUAGAGGUUGCUCAAAAGUGGGAAACUCGGCCAGUUGACUCUGAUCAAGGCGACGAUAGUCAACUCCACUAUUACAACGAUAAGGCUAUUUCAACACCAAGAGAUGAAAGAGCUCCAGAGACACAGAGCAGCGAGCCAGAGCCAUACCCUGUUUCUUUUUCAAGUCAAUUUCCGUCAGAAUCUCUACCCCCUGCACCAGAAACAGUAGAUGGACCAGAUAAAAAGGGAAAAGAAAUUCCAUCCAGCAAUGAAGACCACGAGUACCUUGAUAUUACACUUAAAAGGGGUGGAGCUGGAUUAGGGUUUAGUAUUGCUGGUGGUACAGAUAACCCUCAUAUAGAUGAUGAUUAUGGCAUAUACAUCACUAAGGUUAUCAAGGGUGGUGCAGCAGCACAGGAUGGUCGGUUAAGAGUCAAUGACUGUAUAACUGCUGUCAAUGAAACAUCUACUGUCAAUGUUAACCAUCAGCAAGCCGUCGAUGCUCUCAAGGCAGCUGGGGAAAAUGUUACUCUGGCUAUUAAAAGAAAAAAGGACAAAGGCAAAAUGCCACACAGAGAAGAGAUCAUUCUUUCCAAGGGCAGCAAAGGACUUGGUUUUAGUAUUGCUGGUGGUCAUGGUAACCAACAUGUGCCUGGUGAUAAUGGAAUAUAUAUAACAAAAAUUAUUGAUGGUGGAGCAGCACAACAAGAUGGCAGACUGCAAGUUGGUGACAAGAUCAUAAGUGUCAAUGACAAGAAUCUUGAAGAUGUUACCCAUGAAGAUGCUGUGCAAGUGCUCAAAGCAACGAAAGAAAAAGUAACCAUAGUAAUAAGUAGAAUUACUGCAUUUCAUGGUGAAGAGGGGUCGGUACCUACGCCAGUAGUACCAUUAACACCAGUAACACCAGCAGUACAGGAAACAACUCAAACAAGUCCCCCUGAAGCACCUAAGACUGGAGAGAACGGCAGCCUUACUAACUCCUUGCCUCCAUCGCCUCUCCCACAAACCAACUCACUGCCUAAAAAGACAGCAGCUGUGCCUGAAGAUGAUGACUUUACAAGGGAGGUGCGAAGAAUUACGCUAAACAAGGGGCCUACUGGUCUUGGAUUUAACAUCGUGGGAGGUGAAGAUGGAGAGGGAAUCUUUGUGUCUUUUAUACUGGCUGGUGGAGUUGCAGAUCUUUCUGGGGAGUUACGAAGAGGAGACCAGAUAAUAGCUGUUAAUGACACAGACCUCACCAUUGCAACCCAUGAACAAGCUGCAGCAGCACUGAAAGGUGCUGGGAGCACAGUUACCAUUACAGCACAGUACAAGCCUGAAGAAUAUAACCAGUUUGAAGCUAAAAUCCACCAUCUUCGCGAAAAAAUGAUGAACAGCAAUAAUGUAGGAGUGGUAACGUCGGUAAAACGCCAGCUAUAUGUCAGAGCAUUAUUUGAUUACGAUAAGACUAAGGACAGCGGUCUCCCAAGCCAAGGACUCAGCUUCCAGUACGGGGACAUUUUACACGUUACUAACGCUAGUGAUGACGAGUGGUGGCAGGCGCGAAAAAUAAAUGCUGUUGGAGAUGAAGAAGGACGUGGGGUGAUCCCCAGUAAACGAAGGGUUGAAAGACGAGAAAAAGCAAGAAUGAAGACUGUCAAGUUCACACGAACAAGUGAUGACAAGCUAAGGGGAUCGUUUAACGAUGGUACGGGUAGUGUCCGUAAACAAAGAAGCUUCAAGUUCUCGAAAAAACUGCCRUUUUUCAAGAAAGAGUCUGAAAACGAGACCAGUGAUAUCGACCCUAGCUAUACUUCGAACGCUAGUGAUAGUGAAAGCAGUACAAGUGCUCGUGCUGAAGACCCUAUUCUAUCUUACGAAGCUGUGGUUCAGUUUGAGCUCAAGUGUACUAGACCUGUUAUCGUACUUGGUCCUUUAAAGGAUCGUAUAAACGACGACUUGAUAUCAGAAUUUCCUGAAAAAUUUGGAAGCUGCGUACCACAUACAACCAGAGCAAGGCGUGACUACGAAGAGGAUGCCCGUGACUAUCAUUUUGUUGAGUCACGCGAGGAGAUGGAAAGAGCAAUUCAGAAUCACAUGUUUAUCGAGGCUGGCCAGUAUAAUGAAAAUCUUUAUGGAACUAGCGUGGAAUCAGUCAAGACGGUUGCGGAAAAGGUACCUCUACAAAACUUUGAUGGCAAACACUGUAUUCUGGAUGUGAGCGGGUACGCAAUUAAGCGUCUUCAAGUAGCGCAGUUGUAUCCAAUUGCCAUCUUUAUCAAGCCCAAGUCUGUAGAAUCUAUUCGAGAACUGAACAAGAGACUGACAGAAGAACAGGCUCACAAAACUUAUGACAGGGCUUUGAAACUUGAGCAAGAAUUUGGGGAAUACUUCACUGCUGUUGUUCAAGGUGACACAUAUGAUGAAAUUUACUCUAAAUCUAAAGAUGUUAUCCGCCAACAAUCAGGCCCAGUCAUUUGGAUUCCCUCCAAAGAAAAGCUUUGAUAUUCAUCUCUAAUUAUUAAUAGCACCAAUUGUGUCUGUUUGAUUUGCAACAUCAUGACGCGCGAGGAAUGAGACGCCGCGGCAAGUUAACGUAGCUUUCCACGUUGCGUCGAUAUUCUUGCUUAAUUCCGACUGCCACAGAAACAGCUAUAUAAUGAAUUCUUAUCCUCUUGGCCUUCAGAUCUUAUUUUUCAAUAAAGCUAUUCACUUACGAAGCCGAUAAAUGCGUUACUUUUGGAUGGAUAGCAGAAAAUGUACGUUGUUGUAGACACAAGUCAUGUUUGUAUCCGGGGCCAUAAUUGGUCGUAUUUUAGGAUCGAGUGACUAGCUUUAUUGGAACAAUUGUACCGAUUACAGCACUUCCUAUUUACACGCGCGAAAUCUUACAAUGGCUAUYGCGACGAAGUAGGUUUUGGUGGACGUCAAUAAAAGCGUUUCCAUGACAUUCCUUGAUAGGCACGUACCCUUAAGAGCUUUUUWAAAAAAAUUSCAAGAGUGUCAUGGAGGCACUGAUCGAUGUUCACCAAAACUUUUUUUUGUCAGGACAAAAAUUGUACGAUUUCGCCAGUGUGUUUGAGAAGCGCUCUUGAACCUUUUUUAACAACAGCCUAGUUUUACUUCUUUUUCGCAAGUUGAUACAUAUCAGAAAGAAUGAAUUAUUAGUCAUUAUUGUUUUUAAUUAUUGAAUAAUCCCCCAGAAAAUGGAACGAAGUUUUUGAAAUGAACUGUGGAGGUGAACGCCGCCAUCAAACCAAGUUGAUCAUGUAGUUGAACUAGAUUUAUUAAAUAAACCCUCAUACUCGAAAAUACACAUUCACCUUAGAAAUCUA